AUGGCCACGCGUGGUCGCGACCCGCCUUCCUCGCCUUCCGCCCCCAGCCGUCCACCAAAGAUUGCCAAGAUGGACGACGCGGUCGACAUCUCCGAGGCGACCACUGCGAUCGCAGUGGGCUCGGGGACCUCGUCGCGCAACACGCCCGUACCCCCGGGACGGCCUGACGCCAAGGCGCGCCGAUACGACCGCCAGCUCCGCCUGUGGGCGUCGGCCGGCCAACGCUCCCUCGAGUCGGCACGUAUCCUCCUGGUCGGACACGACGCUGUUGGGUGCCAGGCGAUCAAGAACCUCGUGUUACCUGGUAUUCAGCACUUUACCAUCCUCUCAGACGCCACUACGGCUGCCACUGACGUCGCGUCCAACUUCUUCCUGGAGCCGACGUCUAUCGGGCACCCCAUUGCCAAGGAGGAGGUCCGCUUCCUUUGCGAGCUGAACCCCGCCGUCACAGGCGAGGCGCGUGUUGCAGACCCAGUCGCGCUGCUUGAUACGGACCCAGCAUUCUUCCUCUCCUACACCCUCAUCAUCACCUCCAACAUCCCACCAGCGCUGGAGGACCGUAUUGCCGACCUGCUUUGGCAGACAUCAUCGACACCCGAGAAGCCCGACAUCCCGUUGAUGUCGAUCCGCACUUCGGGUCUGACGGGCCGCCUCCAGAUCCAAGUCCGCGAGCAUUGCGUCGUUGACACUCACCCGGACACCACGCACACACUGCGUAUCGAUGCGCCGUUUCCGGCCCUCGAGGAGUACGCGCGCGGCCUCGACCUCGAGUCGAUGGAGGUGCACGUGCACUCGCACAUCCCGUGGGUUGUGCUGCUCGUUCGCGCGACGAGCCAGUGGAAGGAGAGCCACAACGGCAACCUGCCCACAAGCAAGGAGGACAAAGAGGCAUUCAAGAAGCUGCUGAACAGCUGGCGCAUGAAAUAUGACGAGGAGAACUUUGACGAGGCUGUCGGGCAAGCAUACCGCGCGUCUGUUCCAUCAGAGCUCCCGUACGACGUUGCAGAGCUUAUCAACGACCCUGCGGUCGUCAGCAUCUCCAUGAGUUCGAAGAAUCUUCACAUCCUCCUGCACACUCUCCGCCGCUUCAUGGACACGCCUCCGAAGCUCCCACCUGUCGCGCCGUCGCUGCCCGACAUGCACUCGUCGACCGAGUCGUACGUAAAUGUGCAGCAGCUGUACAAGCAGGCAUUCCAGGAGGACCUGGCCAUGUUCUCCUCCCUGCUCGGUGGCGUGCUCAGGGAGAUUGGGCUUCAUGACGACGCGGUUCCCGAAGCCGAGGUUGAGUCGUUCGUCAAGAAUGUCGGCGGCGUCGCUAUCGUCAAGGGCACCUCGCUCCUUGCGGCCAAGGAGUACCAGGGGGGGAUGAAGGAGCGCAUCGAGGAGGACUUCCCGUUCGGUGAGGGGGAGGAACUGAUGCCCAGCUACGGCUCGGAGAUCAGCAUCGUGCUUGCGAUCCUGGCAUCGGAGCAUUUCUACAAGGCGUUCGGGCACUGGCCCGGUGCCAAAGACAGCGACAUGGCACUGGACGUGGCCGAGGUCGAGCGCUUCGCGCGCAAGGCCCUGGUGACGGUACACGCGGACACGGGGGAAGAGCUGCCGACCAAGCUGACCAACGCCAUCGGGGAGGUCGUGCGUGGCGGGUUCCUCACGCCCCCGAACACAGCCGCGUUUAUGGGCGGUAUCGUGGGACAGGAGGCGAUCAAGCUCGUGACGAACCAGUACCAGCCGCUUGACAACACGGUCGCCGUGGACCUGGUCAAGAGCGGUAUCGAGAAGUUUAAGCUGUAG